AGAAACAGUCCGAACAGCACCAUAUGGACGACGAUACGCGUGACGACACAGUUCAGGAAGAAGAAGUACGUCAGGUACACGGUCAAGGAGAUCCAGGCUCUAGCUCAACUCAGCGUACCUCUCCUCGUCGCGCCCCAGCUAGGCGGAACAGUUUCGUUUGCAAAACGAUACAUUGAGGUUGCAAACUCGAUUGAGCAUGAAUCUAUCCAUGCCAUGGAAAGCGCGGCGGCCGCUGUGGUGCUAGUAUACGACGAAAGAAGGGGUGUCCAUCUUUCCCUGGACGGAGCCGAUGUCAUCGAGAUGUGCUGCAUCCAUAUCCUGAGGCAAAUGGGAUGCGAUACCACUCGGUUGCCACCGUUUCCCCAUUCUUCCGCGCUCUUCCGAUUACAGACCUGGUGUUCUUCAACCUUCAUCUCCGCUAGACAAACCCAUUUCACCGGUGAUCAUGUGGUUCGGCAGGCCACGCGGAAGGUCUCCGAGCUGAUAGAGGCCACGAAGAAAGCCAGCUUAGGGCCAGAUCGCACCCUUCUCUACUGGAUCUUGGAAGAUGUUCUCCGCAGCAGUUCCUGCCAGGCCAUCGAAGCCCCGAAAUCCCUCCACACAUCCUGGCAUGAUCUCGCCUUCGCAGCCCCUCCACUGAUCCUGGUGGUUGGGGAUCUUGAUCCCCGGUACCUGACGCUACAAGCACCACCGAGGUGGCUCACUUCCAAGACCCAGUCAAGGCCCAGCAUCACGCGACUGUUCGGCCUGCCGGAAUUCUUCCGAAGGCACAUAGUACCCGGUGGGAUAAUGAGCAGUCGAGAUACGAUGAAGAGGUGGAUUAGACAGGCAGAGCCGUUUUUCCAGGCCAAACUGACCGCCACAAACGAUGAAAUUGCCUACGGAGAGACACCAACUGAUGUUGAGCAUACAUACGAGGUU